AUACUCAGUCACUUCUGCCCGGCACCAAAAACAGAAGGUUCUCAUAAUGACAUCACUUCUCCGAAUUCUCGGGGUGGUAUCAGCUUUGGUGGCAUCUGGCUCCUCGCUCUCUUGUACGCGGUGCAUUUCUCCAUCAGACUCGUGUUCUGGCCCAAAUGUAACUUGUUCUUCUGGCUCAGUGUGCGGAGCCGUAUACACAGAGAGCUGGUCUAAGGGUACCAUUGAUUCAAAAUCAUACAUGAUGUCAUGUAUGCGGCUGGACAAGUGUAACAUUGGGGGAAGUUUCAGCAUGCUUGACAAUGCGAGAGUGAAGUUGGGUAGAUCGUGUUGUGGAACUGAUCUGUGCGUCCCGCCUCUUCCUUCCCUUCCAGGGAACAGCCCACGGUCCAAUGGAUUCAAAUGCCAAUCCUGCACCUCUGCCGACUCCACCUGGUGUGACUCUUCAGAUACGAUGGAGUGUAUGGAGGAGGAGAACAUGUGUUUUCUCCAAACCAAAAUAGUAUCAGGUUCAGCAAUAGAAUCAACAGCAAUUCGUGGCUGUGCCACAAAAAGCAUCUGUGAUUUUGGCAGCCAAUCUGGUAGCUCCCAAGGAGUAAAGACAGUUGUUGACUUUACCUGCACUAAUGGAAGUUCUGGUCUCCAGAAAAGCGUCUACCUCCCGGCUGUGAUUUGUAUUUUCUUUUUCAAGGUAUUUUUCUGGAACGUCUAAAAAAAAUAAAAAAGUAUUGGGACGCCUGCCUUUAC